AUGCCUCGUUAUUCGCUCCCUCGAUUGGUGCUCACCUCUGGUGACGCGCUCUCGCCUGCAAUCCUCGAGUACAGCACUUGGGGUACUUUGAACGAGCAGGGCGAUAAUUGCAUCGUCAUCGGUCAUGCCAUGACGGGCAGCCAGGAUGUGCAAGAUUGGUGGCCAGGCCUCGUCGGACCCAACAAUGUCCCCGAUUGCAAAGAGGAGGCCAGGGAUGCGGCUCUAUCGAAGGAGAGCGUGGACCCGUUGAUACGGAGUCAUAAUGGCGAAGCAGCACGAUCGAGUCCAGGCGCAUUUGCAAUCGACACUACCAAGUACUUUGUGUUUUGCGCCAACAUUUUAGGUUCACCUUAUGGCUCCAGUUCGCCGCUCAGCAUCGACGAGAGGACUGGCAAGUGCUACGGUCCUGAUUUCCCGCUCACAAACACGCGAGACGAUGCCCAAUUGCAAUUGCAUGCGCUCGCACACCUCGGAGUAAAGAGCAUCGCUUGCGCACUCGGUGGAUCCAUGGGCGGCAUGCUCGUCCUCGAGCUGGCUCUUGCCGCUUGCGCGGCAGAAGGGCCGUCACCUCGAAUUCCUGUGCGAACUCUGAUGCCGAUCGCGAGCACAUUGACGUCUUCAUCUUGGAUCAUGGGCUGGAACGAGAUCCAACGGGCGGCCAUACAGAUGGAUCCAGCUUUCGAUGAGGGGAGGUACUGCUGGCAAAGUCCGUCGAGAAGAUCUUCCGUGGCUGAUGCGCGGCGAGGCAGCACCAGCAGCACCACGAGCAGCACCGCUAGCAGCAGCAGCACCGCUGGGCCAGAUCUUGGUCUAUCGAUCGCAAGGCAGAUGGCCAUGAUGACGUUCAGAUCGGAAGAAGCUUACAAGCACAAAUUUCAGCGUCGCAGCACCUCGUCGGCAUCCAGAACGGCAGCAGCGAAAAGUGCAAUCUCUCUACCGCCGUCUCCACCCUUGUCGGCUUGUGCGAGCGAAGUGGAAGAGGGACGCGGAAGAAGCAGCGGGGUCAAUAUCCACGUCGCGAGCGACGCCGCAAACAAUGAUGUUCACUCGUCCGCCACUUGUUAUCCCACGAGUCGACGCGCCUCCUCCAUCAGUCCAUCCAGCCACCCACUGCUCGAAGCGACUGUGCAGCCAGUGCAAUCGUACCUGCGCUAUCAAGGACAGAAGUUGGUGGAUCGAUUCGAUGCAAAUUGCUACAUCCACUUGCUGCACAAGAUGGACGCUCACGAUGUCUUUUAUGGUCGGAACACUUGCACAGUGAGGCGAUUCCUACGAUGCGAGGCCACGCAAGCACUCGGGAAUGGAGGGGAAAAAGUCGUCGUGUUGGGCAUACCAACAGACCGACUCUUUGCCUUUUCCGAACAACAGGACAUGGCUCGAUUUCUAGACUCGGAGCUUUGCGCCAUCGAGAGCAUGGACGGUCACGACGCGUUCCUCAUCAAGAGAGAUCUCGUGGCUUCCAAGAUCGAGCAGCUGCUUUGCGUUUCGUGA